AUGGCCAGAAACGAGGCGGUCUGGGAACAUGCGGUAAGGAGGCCGGAGGUGGUGUGGCGUCGUGCAGCUGCGGGAGAGGCGACCUACACGGCAGUCCACGCCCGCCCAGUGGCGACACCAGCCGAAGGAGUGCAGGCAGUGGCGGCCGGAUGGGCGACGUGCCACGUCGACGCCGGCUACGAUCCGAACACCGGCAAUGCAACCUAUGGGGCGGUUCUACUCGGUCCGGAGGGUGUGUUCAAAGCAGCGGCAAAUGGAAAGCUCCCGGGGUGUUUUACUCCUCUUAUGGCGGAAGCGCUAGCAUGCAAGGAAGCCUUGUCCUGGCUUAAAGACCGAAACGAGAGCGAGGUGGAUAUUCUUCCAGAUUGUCUUGUCUUAAGGAAUGCGGUUCAUGCAGUUACUACACCGAACUUAUCCUAUGUUGGAAUUGUGAUUGAGCAAUGUAGGACAGCUAUGGUUCAAUUUGGUGAAAUAUCAUUUUCUUGCCCCUAUGAGAAAUCUACUAUGCUGCAUGCACCCAUAGUUGCACCUACUUACCGGAAUCCGUUGAAAAAAUUGGUUUCUGAUGCAUCGUCGCCGACACCAGUAAAUCGGAAACAGACCCCGGCGUUCUCGGAUGAGGAGAAGAUAGAACAUAUGAGAUUCGCGCAAGUGAAGAGUAAGAAGGAUUUUGUUCACUACAAGAGAGUGGAUGGGAAAGUGAUAAACGUGGUUGAAGGUGUUGAAUUACAUACUGAGAUUUUCGACGUAGAAGAGCAAAUGAAGAUUGUUGAAUGCGUGUACAAGUAUCAACAAUUGGGUCGAAAAGGACAACUUAGAGCAAGAACAUAUUAUGAACCAAAGAAGUGGAUGGGGUGCAAAGGGUGUACAAUUAUUCAAUUUGGUGGUUGUUACAAUUAUGCAGUGGAUAAAAAUGGCAAUCCUCCUGGUAUAAUCAGAGAUGAAGAAGUAGAUCCAUUGCCUGUUUUAUUUAAGCAAAUGAUUAAGCGGAUGGUUAGGUGGCAUGUUUUGCCUCCAACAUGUAUCCCUAAUAGCUGCAUUGUGAACAUUUACGAUGAGGGUGACUGCAUUCCUCCCCAUAUCGACCAUCACGACUUUAUUCGACCGUUUUGCUCCGUAUCGUUUUUGUCAGAAUGCAACAUUGUUUUUGGCUCGAGUUUGAAGAUUCUUAAUCAUGGCAUUGGAGAAUUUUUCGGUCCAGUCUCGGUACCUCUACCAGUCGGAUCGGUGCUUGUUUUACAAGGUAAUGGAGCUGAUGUUGCAAAACAUUGCAUACCUCGUGUUUCAUCUAAAAGAAUUUCUAUUACUUUUAGAAGGAUGGAUGAAAGCAAAUUGCCUUACAACUACAAACCUGAUCUAGAGCUUAUGAGAAUUCAACCUAUUAUUUUUCGUCCCCUUCAAUUUAAAGAAUCAUCAACUCCACAGAAAGUUGGCAAGAAUGAAAAGGUAGUAAAGCAUGAUAAACCCUAUUAUUCUUCUCAUGCACAUGCAACCUACCAAAACAUUAUCGCUGCAAACGAAGAAUUUCCUCCCCUCUCAAAAGCUUCAGUUCUUCAAGCAAGAACAAGAGUACUAAUCAUAUAA